UGAGAUAGUCACGUGGGACUCCGCCAAACUUGCCUGACCACGUGGCCGGUGCAUUGGAAACAAGUUCUCUCAUAGCUCAGAGUUGGGUGUCUGGUUCGAUCUGACAUGAACUGCAUGCCGUUGCAGUUUUAUCAGCAAUGAGUUCAAGGGUAUGUCCAGCAGCAAUAGCAAAGCAAAGAUUGGCUGAAAAAGAAGCUGAUGUUACAGAGCAACUGGAAUUUGUCACCGGUUUAGUGAGGAGAUUGAAGACAGAUAAGAGCAUCCUUGUCGCGUCAUUUGAAAACCAAUAUGACAACCUUCACGAUCAGUUUGCUGUUGUCCAUGAUGCACUCAUCUUUAAAGAACAAAAACUUCUUCAUCAGUUAAAGAAUGACCUGCGGUUCAUAUCCACAGCAAAUGACGAGCUAACUUCGUCUGCAGAAAAUCUGAUCAAAAAGUCACGACACGUUCUUGAAAGCGUAAAAGAUAUGUUUGAAAAGACAGGUGACGCUGAGUUCAUUGCAAAUUUCAGUUCUACAAUCCAGCAAUUAGAGGAAGUGUUCAUUAAUUUGGUCUUACUUCUUAAUGAAGGCUCACACAUUUCAGUUCCAAUCGAAAGGAAUGUUCGUUUUAAUCGUGUGCUCCAGUCUAUUGAGGAUGUCUGUUUUAUUGGAGAAGAAAUCCUCCACAGCACUGAUGCAAGUGUAACUUCUCAGUGUUCUCUUCCAGUAGCAAAUCGAAAACCAGAUCGCAUUAGUUUGACGUGCGGAGAACAUCUAGAAGUAGUUGUGACAAAUGUUUUAGAUCCAGAAAACAUAUGUGUUCAACCAUAUGGCAACGACUUGGUGGAGCUCAUGACAAAAUUGGGCAUGUAUUACGAAGAUUUAGCCAGUUACGGGGAGUGUGGAGGACUCCAAAAAGCUCCCCAGGUCGGUGACUUCUGCUGUGCAAAGUUUACUCAAGAUGACUGUUGGUAUCGAGCGGUUGUCAGUGCUGUGGAUCCCAUUUACACAAGAGAAGGAAGAGAAGGCACUUCCAGUGUGUGUGUAAAAGUUCAGUAUAUUGACUAUGGAAACCAGGAGCAAGUGCCUCUUAGUCGUUUAAGGGUACUGGAGGAAUCUUUUUAUGAUCUUCCUUGUCAAGCAUUGUCUUGCUUUCUCGCUGGUAUAAAGCCUGCUUCCCACUCGUGGAGAGGACGCUGCAAGAUCGAAAAACAGGUGUCCAACCAGUGGUUGCAACAUCUUCUGUUAGGGAACAAAGUGGAAAUGUGUGUGACUGGCGAUGAUCAUGAUCAGUAUGGAGUCGAUAUUCUGAUAGAAAAAGAGGUGUUGCUGAGUGCAGAAAGGCAUGCUAGCUUUCCUGUUUCUGUUCAUGCUAUCCUGCAGUUACCGGAGCUUGAGCAACAGGGCUCACUCGUUAGGCUUAGCUCAUUUCUUUGCUGUGUUGGGAUUGCAGAAACAGUGCCUAUUUGUCAUCCUAUGGUUAUGUCUCCUUGUCUGGAAACAACGGAAGCUGAUACAGAAGCAAUUAGCAGAACGUCAUCUGAAUAUCUGCUCAGUACUUGUGCUGUUGAAAUUACAUGCUGCAUCCCUGAAGAAGACACCAACAUAAAAUUAAUACCCAAUGAUCAUAGCCGCAAAGCUGAAACUCUCCUCUCUCACAAAGAACAGGUUAUUGAUUGCAACUCCACGAAAGAAGAUGUCGUAGCUGGCAGUGAAGUAGCCUAUGAUGACAAGAAAGCAAAAGACACCCUUAAAAGCUACGUGGGUCUGCAAAAUCCCAGAAAUCUACCGGCUGAAGGGGGACUAUCUGCUGAUCACAACAUCACGAAAGAAGAUAUCACUGACACGGAGCUAGGCAGUGAUCAAAAGAAACUACCUGUUGAUCUUAACAACGCCAGAGUGUUAGCCGACGCGGAGGUUCUUGAAGAGCCAAGCGAUGUUUUGAUGGCAGGCAAACUGAAACCACUUUCCGUAAAAUUAGGUGCUAUGUCUGAUGUUGUUGUACUUGUUUCUCAUGUUGUGAGCUCAAAAGAGUUUUAUGUACAUCCCAUCCAGGCAGAUGUGGCACUAAGUGUUGCACACUUAUCAGAGUCGCUCACUAACCAUUUGUCUUUUCAAGUGAAUCAACGGCGUCUUAAGCAUAUUGCAAGCAUUUCCAAUGACGCUGAACCCGUUCUUUGUUGUGUUCAAUGCCCAGAAGACAAACAAUGGUAUCGUGCAGUGAUUUUAUCCCCUCUUCAAGAUAGUGUAUCUUGUUCAGUUCGGUUGCUUGACUUUGGAGAACGCAUCAGCGUACCAUAUGAUUGUUUGUUUGAACUGGAUGAAAAAUUUUGUUGCUACCCUGCUCAAGCUGUUCACUGCUCAGUGUUCUUUGAUGGACACCUGUAUCCAGAUUCUGAAUUAGAUGAGAGAAUCUGCAAUUAUUUGAAAGAAUGUGUCGCAAAAAAGCAGUUAGUGGCUUGUGUUAAGGGAAGCAAAAAUGAUUCCAACGUCGCUGUCGAGUAUGGCACAGUCCUCACUGUGGAUAUUAUAGACACCAGUGGCGAAAAAGAUGUGCAUGUUGCUCAUGAUCUGCCACAACUGUGCAAGAAUGAGUUGGCUGGACAUAAGAAGUUGAGUACUUGGAAUCCAAUGGAGCGAGAUUACCUAGCCUUGAGGAACAACUACAAAAUUGAUGAUGAAGAUGUAGAGUUAACGUUGUCUGGAUACAAAAGUAGAAAUCGCCCAUGUCGCUUUUUCCAUACAAAAAGAGGCUGUGACAUGGGAGACAACUGCUCAUACCUGCAUCUACAAGAAGGUGUCUCCGACAAGCAGUUGGAAGAAGUAUUUACUGCUACUGACCAAAUUCAUCUUCCUGUUGUGGAUUCAGUAGUGGGUGUCGUAGUCACUGCUAUAGUGUCACCUAUAAGAUUCUUUGUUCAAAUGCCAAAGGGAUCGAAGUCAGUUUUGAGCAAAUCCAUAGAAGAAGAGGAUGGUACUGGAAAUUGCUUUGUGAAGUUGCUUAAAGAAAUGAGAAUAUACUACAAUCAACAUGUGUUCUCUGAAAGAAGUGUGACAUUGCCAGAUUUGGGGGAAAUUGUGGCUGUUCGUUAUGAGUGGGAUGAGGAUUGGUACAGAGCUAGGGUGGUAAACCCAUCUUCUGCUGGAAAAACUAAGGUUUUCUAUGUGGACUACGGUCAUUUUGGCUUAGUCCGUGAUGAGGACAUCAGGAGUAUCAAACCUAACUUUCUUGUGGUGCCUUUCCAAGCUAUUGAAUGUUAUCUAGUUGGGCUUGAUAUUCCUCCUGCUGCCAAUCGUGUGAUUAGGAAAGAAGCAAAAGAGUACUUUGAACACUUGGUAACUGGACAAGUUCUUAUGGCAAAGGUUGUCAUUAGAUUGGGAGAUGUCCUUGGCUUGGAGUUGUAUUCGAAUGUUCACAUAAAUGAAAAACUAGCGAAACAAGGAAUUCUGAAGAGAACUUGCACUAGUGUUUCAAGUUUUGAGGAUCAGGAUAAUAACGAGGAACUGUUACUAACCCCUGGUUAAAUCUUUGACUGUUUUUAGCUGAUAGUUUUUUCUAACUUUCAAUGAAAUUCACUGUCGUGAGCAGCCAGCUCUGAAUGGCUGAGGUAUUUGCUGAAUCACAUUAUCAAUGGUUUAUAUAUGUUUACGCAUAUUUCCUAUCUAGUAUAAUACAGUUUUGCCAUGAA